AUGAGGGGCGUCUUCGAACUCGCACCCCCUGAAGCAUAUUUCAUCGGUCUCGGUUCCGUCACUGGCAUCUAUGCCCAUCACGGGUUCCUCAUUCAUGGGGAAUGGCACUUAUAUGGGCCAGAUCUGGCAAUUUGGCACGUGGUUCCCCUGGCUUUGUUGUUCACAGCGAGAGCCUACUACGGUGGCUCUGAUGCCUCCUGGAUACUCUAUUGUCUCGCUUUGGCAAGCUACAGCUACUUCAUCAGUCUCGCGACAAGCAUUGUGCUCUAUCGAGCUUUCUUCCACCCGCUGACAAGAGAGAGAUUUCCUGGGCCAUGGUAUGCGCGCGUUACCAAGCUAUGGCAUUGCUGGGCAGUCCGGCAUUCAAAGAACUUUCUGGUCUUGCACGAGAUGCACGCUAAGUACGGUGAUUUUGUGCGGACAGGCCCCUCCGAGAUCACUGUAUUCCGCCCUGAGGUUUUCAUGGCCAUUGACGGUCCUCGAUCCAAGUGCGUCAAGGCCGAUUGGUACGACCUUCUUCACCCAGACCAGGCUCUCGUUACGGCGCGGAACAAGGCUAAAUGGAAGUAUAACGCAAGAGUGUCAAGGAAUGUUGACCAGCUGGAUAAAUGUAUCGAGUCUGAUGCGGAGUCGGACGCCCCAACUAGUGUUCGCGAUCUUGCCUACUUUUUCUGCUUCGACACAAUGGGCGACAUUUCCUUCAGCAAAUCUUUCCAAAUGAUGCAGAACCAGGGAUGGCACCUCACGAUUGCCCGCCUGCAGCGUGCUCUAUCGCUACUCGGUCCCACUAGCCCUGCCCCGUGGCUAUUUCAUAUUGGAUUCCGCAUAGCUCCCCGAGUGGGCGUUCUUCGAGAUUGGUUUGAGGCGCUUGCUUGGUGCGCUGAACAGAUGCGGGACAGGCUAGAGAAUAAGCACUCGGAGCAGCCAGCUGGCGAUCUAACGCAUUACCUCAUGGAGAAGGGAGGCCAAGUUGGGAAUGACGACGCUGAGCACUGGCUCACUGGAGACAGCUUGUUUUCGAUUGUGGCAGGAAGUGCACCUGCUUCUGCUACCUUGGUAUGUAUCCUCUUCAUGUUGGCCAAGCACCCUCACCACGCGGAGACGAUAUAUUCGGAACUCAACAUCGCCGACAUAACUGAUCCAAACGCUUUGAGCCAACUUGUGCACCUGAAUGCCGUUAUCAACGAGACAAUGCGUCUGUAUCCCGCAGCCCUUAGCAGUGGGGCAAGGAAGACUACGGAGUGUGGAGUAACCAUUGGGAAGACAUUCAUCCCUCCUGAGACAACAAUACUCUGUCCGCGGUACACCAUCAGCCGAAGUGAGAACAUCUUCAAGUCUCUCUUCAUUUAUUUCUCUUCGAGCCUCUUCGAUCCCCGGUGGCUGGGGAUGAAGUUCAUACCAGAAAGGUGGAGCACACGCCUCGAGAUGUUGCGAAACUCAGCGGCCUUUACCCCUUUCGGCACAGGCCAUCAAAGCUGUCUGGGCCGGACCGUAGCAAUCGACAUGAUGAGACUGGCGGUUGCUAAGCUGGUGAAAAAAUACCAGUUCUCACUUGUCCCGGGCAAUCGAGUUGAAGAGGAUAUGGUUGAUGAGUUUCUAAUGAAACCGGGCAACUUGUCUCUGAAGUUCAAUUUCCGAAGAUAG